AAUUAUGUCGCUACGCAAAAAAGGCCCGCGAACAUUUUAUGUACUGGAACUUUUUGGAUCGCAGUCAUCCUCCCACUUUCAACCUCGUCACACCGAACUUCUCACAGAACUCGAAGGCUCAGUCUCCGCCCAAUUCCGCGGUUAAAUCGAUUGAUUUCUCGUGUUCGACACACUUCCAACUUUCUUACCAACCACAAAAAUGAAGCACCUCGCAGCUUACCUCCUCCUUGGCCUUGCUGGCAACAGCUCGCCUUCUGCUAGCGACAUCAAGAAGGUCCUCGACUCCGUGGGUAUCGAGGCUGAUGAUGAGCGUCUAGAGAGCCUCAUCUCCGAGCUCGAGGGCAAGGAUGUCAAUGAGUUGAUCGCUGAGGGUUCCUCCAAGCUUGCCUCCGUCCCCAGCGGUGGUGCUGGUGGUGCUCCCGCUGCUGGUGGUGCCGCUGCCGGUGGUGCUGCUGCCGCCGAGGAGAAGGCCGAGGAGAAGGAAGAGGGUACGUUGAUGCUAUCCCCUCGCUGCGUUGUAGGUCCUCGAUAUGCUAACAAUCACAACAGAGAAGGAGGAGUCCGACGACGACAUGGGAUUCGGUCUUUUCGACUAAGCGUCCUAUAUCAUUUACGGCAACGAAGUUACAUGAUCUUGGGGAACGGACACAAAAAUGGGCUACGAUGGUCUUGCAUGGCUUCUGGCGUGGAGGGAUUUGCCUUUGAUCAUUGUCAGGGUUUCCAACGUCAAAUGCGUUAUCUGGAUUCGAUAACGGGCAAUAUAUCCGGUCCUGCUUCUCCAAUGUUCAUGCUUGUCUGUCUAAUUCGUGAGAACUUGCGCUCUCUCUGAACACUGUGUGAAGUUUUCGUCAAUCGCCCUUUCUCAUCUUAACCAAGCGAUCCUCUAGUUUAAGCUAGUAGUUUUGUGUGUAAUACCCGGUUCGGAGACAGCUUUCAGAUGAUGUUCAAGGUAGCUGAUGGUAGGCGCCUCCUGCGUAUUUAUACCUAGUAAUGUUGCAUGAAUUUGUACGGCUUUGAAUCCCUGUAGAGUAUGAUGUGACUGCGGCUCAACGACGGCCUUAUCACAAUUCCUGCUCUUGUAAUGUUAGCUUAAUACUUUUCUUAUUUCCUAAGAUCCUGGUUACAGAUUGAUCGUGUUUUAAUCCCUCAUUGCCUACCUAGCUAUAUGAUGAUCAUUUGGUCAUAAUACCUUGGCUACGACAUAGUCACCA